AUGGCGCUAUUUAUGCACAAAUAUAUUAAUAAUAUAGUUGAUGUGGGUACCGACGAUAAUUGUGGAUAUCGGGCCGUUGACGGUUUGCUCGGAAAAGGAGAAGAAAAUCUCACUCUUAUUCGACAGGCACUUAUUUCGGAGUUGACUUCGCAUAGGGGCAUAUAUGGCCGACUUUAUGAGAAACAAGAAAACUUUGAUAAAAUUCAUGAUUCCCUUGUUCCAUCACUAACCGGUCAUGCACUGGUUUCAAAGUGGAUGUCAUUCCCUGAGAUGGGCCAUCUUAUAGCAAGUGCGUACGACCGGGUGUGUGUCGAUUUGACGAGAUUUGGAUUUUCGGAGACAAUUUUUCCGCUUCAUAGUCACCCACCUUUGGACACGUCCGGCCGCAUCAUUUGUAUCGGGUAUCUAAGAUUGCGCCACUUUGUGCAAGUUUUUUUCGAAAUCGAGGCGUCCUAUUCCGGCUACUUCUUGUCAGUGGACGACACAUCAUACAAAAGAGGCGGACGCUUGGCCGAAUCCUUUUUUUGA